AUGCGUCGUUCCAUUGAUAUCUUCGGCUCUGAGCAGCCUUGGAUUAAGAGAUUGCGUACUACCAAGUCUCGAAGCCCAAAGGCCGGGGACCAGCGGCUUUUUGACCUCCCAUCUCCCAAACCGACCAACCCAAGCAGUACAGAAAAUAUCCCGUCCUCCUCAUCACCUGCCGGGCACCGGGCCAGCCUAGAACGACAGUCCCUUAAAUUCCUACGAGAGCGACUAGUUCCCCGACUAAAGAAACCCGCGCCACCAUCGGUUGUUGAGAUUGUAGCCAACACCAAUAAGCAGCCUGCCAAGCCUUCUGUUGCCCCCUUUUUCCAGCGCACCAAAGCCGCUUUUUCGGACGAACCGGCACUGAACACAAAGAAGACUGCUAAAACAAACAGCCCAAGUCAGAGACACCCCGUAGAUGCAGAUGACCUGAUUCAGCAACUCAAAGAACACUACCUUCAGACGGCCACAUCGCUCCACCAAAGCGCCAUCAUCCGCCUCGAUCAAACGCAUGCAGACCUAUCACGUAAACUUACCCAAGCCGUCACUAAAGCGGACGACGCCUUUCUUGAAGCAACAGAGUCACACAUUACCAAGCUUGCCGAGCCGCUUAGCGUAUUUCGCAUUCGAUCACAGCAGCGUAGUGCUGAUGGCAGCUUGCGUACCCGAGAUGACGCGGUUGGAGAUCUGGUGGCGCGCGCUGAGGCCCAGGUGCGGGAGUUUGAGAGGGAUAUGGGGAGGCUGUGGGAGGAGUGGAUGGUAAUGGAACGCGAGGCGAAGGAGUUGGUGGGAGAAGUGGUGGCCGCUGUUUCUCGGGGGAGUGGAGCUGGGAAAAUAAGAGGGACAGAUGAAACGGGAGAUGUUCUGAGUCGAUUUAGAGAGGCGAUUGUGGGAGAGAUUGAUGCGGCUGAAGAAGGUGUUGCGGACCUUGGCGAGGAGGCGUUGUGUGCGAUGAAGGAGAUUGAGAAGAAUUUCAGGAAGGCCACACUACCGGAUUUGCAUACCUUCUUCCAAUCUAUCGAUGAGCCUUGA